GCCAACCUUAUCCAAAAACGAGAGAUUGAGAGGGAAAAAAAAUCCACAAGAGAGGCUCAAAAUUGUAUGUAGCCAAAACAAAGGGUGUCUGUGGCAAACGGUAUGGGGAGAGAUGAGUGCCUCUGUUUCGUCCUCUGCUCUCGUCGCCACUGGCACUACGGCCGCCGCCACCGCCGCCACCGGACUUAGUCGGAGAAGCUGCCGGAGCAAAUGCGUUUUCACUUCCAAACCUUUCACUUUGCCCUCCCAUUCCAACCACGCUUUUUCGAUCCGAGUUACAAAUGAUUCUAGUAGGACAGAAGUGACAAGUGAGAGAUCAGAAGCUGAUAAGAUAGUAGAUGGAAUGGAGUUUGGGGACUUGUGCAAUGAGUUUGAGUGUAUAAGUAGUCCGUUGGUGGAAUCAACGGCCAGACAACUUGUUCGUGAUAUCCUAGAACUUAGAGAAGGCAACCGUGCCCUUGGUACUUUUGCCAUUUCCGUUAGAUACAAGGAUCCAGUUAGAAGUUUUACAGGCCGUGAAAAAUACAAGAGACCUUUAUGGGUAACCAAUGCACUAGACAAACCCUCUGUGAGUGUGCAAGAAAUGGUUAUGUUAUCAACCAGUGAGCUAAUUAUCAAGUGGACGAUCAGAGGAAAGCCAAAGUCUUUCAUUGCUGGUAUUGGAGGAGAUUUGGUGAUGAGGAUCAACUCAAAGUUUAUUCUAAACCAGAUUAGUGGCCAAGUGAUUGAGCAUGAAGAGUCAUGGGAUUUAUCAUCUUCAUCAUUCAUUGCUCAGGCAUAUUUCUGGACAUCCCGUCGACUUUUUGCCGCGUCUGAGGGCACGAAAGACUUGGCCGAUCUUGUGAAAAAUCUGUCCAGCAGUUUCCCAAAAGAAAAGCAAAACACGGAUAUUUAUCCAGACCCGUUGGGUGAUCCAACAAAGUUCUUUCAGAGGGACGACAGCUUUCAAAGAGAUGCAUACCAGAUUGCACUCCUUCUGGCAGUUCUGUAUUUCGUUGUACAGUUUUUGAGGACAACCUUGUAAAGCCUGUCUCGCCUAUACUUGUAUUCAUAUGUGUAAUUACCCAUCUUGUACAUGGCAGUAUCAAUUAAAUUUAAGUUUGUUUUGUGAACAAAAAUCGUUUUAUGUCUUAUUUAAAUUGUAUUUCAAUUUGUA